AUGUCAGAGCCCAGCACCUCGUCUGCCAUCCUCGACACCGUCGCCGUCGUCGCCCGGGGCCUCUGGAGCGUCCGCUGGUCCUGGUACCUUUCAUGGCUGGGCCGCCUGAUUGCCCUGCCCCUGAGGCUGCUCUGGAUCCCGCUGUCGUACGCUGCGAGCUUCUUCCUCGCUCUCUGCGCGCCUGCCAUCUACAUUGCGUCCUACCUCUGGUCGUGCGUCCGCGUCGUUCUCUCCUUCGUCGCAAGUCUUGAGUUCGGCACCGCCGCCGCCAUCGGAAUCAUCUGCGGACUCGUCGUCGGCGUCUCCUCCUCCCUCAUCACCACCAACCUGGGCAUGUACGAUGACGCCGAGGGCGGAGACGAGCAGCCAUCGGACAAGUCGGACGAAAAGGCGUCGCGCGAUCUUUCCAGCGCGCCGCAGCCCUUCCUAGAGACGGAUUGGUACUGGGAUGCGUCGCCGGUUCGACACCGCCGGCCGUCGGGGUUGCUUUCCCAGACCAUUCACGAGGAGGAUGACGAUUCUGACCUGUGA